CAUAUCUAACUGGUUUAUAGGUUGAGUCACUGUGGACUGUGCGUGUGGAUACUCGUGAACUGACUGUGUAUGUAUCUUCCAGGAACGCCACGAUUAGAAUCCGAUAAAACCGUGCAAACAUGGCUGCAGUACCGGUGUGUAUGGACAACGCGCUGCUUCUAACAGACUCGUACAAGGUAACACACUAUCGUCAAUAUCCACCUGGCACGACCACUGUCUACUCUUACUUUGAAUGCAGAGGUGGGAAAUUUCCUGAAAUUGUGUUUUUCGGCUUACAAUAUGUUAUCAAAAAGUGGCUAAUUGGUCAGGUGGUGACUAAAGAGAAAAUUGAAGAAGCCAAGGAAUUCUACAAAUUACAUUUUGGUCAAGACAAUUUGUUUCAUGAAGAAGGCUGGAAUUACAUACUUAAGGAACAUGGAGGUCGGAUACCAAUCAUAAUCAGAGCAGUUCCAGAAGGAACCCUGGUUCCAGUUAAAAAUGUUUUAUUUAGCGUUGAGAAUACAGAUCCCAAAGUGCCGUGGAUCACAAACUGGUUUGAGACAGUUCUAGUUGAAGUGUGGUAUCCCCUCACUGUGGCAACCAAUUCAAGAGCGCAAAAAGAAAUCAUAGCAAGGUAUCUUUCAGAGACUGCAGAAAACCUUGAUGGAUUACCAUUCAAGCUCCACGAUUUUGGUUUCCGUGGUGCCUCUUCAGUAGAGAGUGCAUCCAUUGGUGGCGCCUCGCAUUUAGUUAAUUUUAUGGGUACAGAUACUUUAGCUGGAAUCGUUUGUGCUAGGAAAUACUAUGGUUGUGAAAUGGCUGGAUUUUCCAUCCCAGCGGCAGAACACAGUACGAUAACCAGCUGGGGAAAGAAAGGCGAGGUGAAUGCCUUCAGGAAUAUGCUGCAACAGUUUCCAACAGGUCUUGUGGCGGUAGUGUCCGACAGCUACGAUAUAUGGAAUGCGUGUCAAAAUGUUUGGGGAAAAGAACUUAAAGAUUUGGUCAUAAAGCGUGGCAAAGGGGGUAACACGCUGGUAAUUCGGCCAGAUUCUGGAGAUCCUCCUGAAGUAGUUAUCAAGGUGCUUACAAUACUUGGAAAAGCAUUUGGUAGUACCAAAAACAGCAAAGGUUAUUCUAUGCUUCCAUCGUAUCUGCGUGUGAUUCAAGGUGACGGUAUCAGCUAUGAGACGCUUGGUUCAAUCUUGGAAAGAAUGAAGAAAGCAAAAUGGAGUGCUGAUAACAUUGCGUUUGGUAGCGGUGGGGCUCUUCUACAGAGGUUGGACAGAGACACCCAGAAAUGUGCCUUUAAAUGCAGCUAUGCUAUUAUCAAUGAUAAAGAGGUGAAUGUUUUCAAACAACCAGUGACAGAUCUUGGUAAAAAAUCAAAGAAAGGAAAACUGGCAUUAGAAUAUGAGGAUGGUAAAUUUACAACUGUACAAGAAGGCAAAGGAGAUCCAAAAAAGGAUCUUUUAACUACAGUUUUUAAAAAUGGAAAACUAGUGAAGGAAUACACUUUUGCUGAGAUUCGUGAACGAGCUGAAAUACCUUUACUUAAGAAGUCAAAUAAUGAUAAGUGAUCACGGUCGAUACCACAUACAAAAAGGCUUCAAUUGUUAUUCUAUUCAACUUGACAAUUGCCAUCCAGAAAUAAAAAAAUGUUUAUUUUUUCAGUGUGAGUAAAAAUAUCAUGUAAAAUAAAAAUGUGGUCGGCUGCUCUCAGUCCAAUUUAUGUAUAUUUAGUGCAAUUAAAAUUGCUGUUUUUUACAUUUCUUGGAUUGGUUUUGAAUAUGCAAUGUACGUACACGUCAGGUACUUUCAGAACACAGCCUGGAACAUUCCAGAGGAAUUUUCCUGAUGAUUAACUUAGGGAGUCUUGUGUGCUAUUUUUAUCAAGCUUCCCUAAGUAGAUCUUCACUACUAUAUGUAUAUAUAUGUAACAUGUAUAUUGUUGCAAUUGGAUACAAGACAUUUUUAUUAAUGUAAUGCAAAGCCUAUUGUAAGAAAUGCAUCUGUCACUAGUUUAAAUAUAAUUCUAUUACUAAUUUUUUUUUUAUCGGGUAAUAUAAAAGGGUUGUUAAUUUAGGGAAGUUAGGGAAACCAGUAGGAUCAUUGCUAGUUUUAACGAUUAAUUUUUAUCAUUAGAUACCAGAUUUAGUUUAAUUUCACUUGUUUGAGAUGUGAUGAUUUUAUAUAGCAGAUGAAGGAAUUAAUCAUUCUAUCUAUUUAGGCUUUUGAAGCCAAAAAUGCAAUUACAGAUCGUAUGAAAUGGAAAAAUUUGUAAUUUUAGGAUGUGAAUCGAAUGUCUUGUAUAUUUAUUUACCUACUUAACAUAUAGUUGUAUGGUUGAAAUUUUAUUUUUUAUAUUCAGUAAGUGAUGUUAUUUUAUCCUGGUCGUUUCUACAGUAAAUUAGGAAACAGUAUGAGUUAACAUAAAUGACAUAUUUUGGUCCAAUAUAUAGGUAUCAUACUUUGCUAAUUUGCAUACUGAAUUUCAAUAAUAUUUUGUACAUUUGUAUAACAAAAAACACAGGUAUACCAUAUUUGCUCUGUCAUCUGAAAAUUUGGUUUGGUUUAUUGUACUGUAUAACAACUAUUUCAGAAGUUAUUUUAUAUAUAUUUAGCAUUGCUUGCAUAAAUGGUUAUUAAAAACGCCAUAACUAAACAUUUCACUUUUUGUAGUGUUGUGUCCGGUGAUCAACAGAGACCAUGAUGCCUGUGUGUCUGCUUAUAACAGUGACAAAUAAAACUUUAUUUUUGGCUUAAAUGUACUUGUAAUGCAAAUACAGUACACACUUAUAUCUUCUGUUACAUACUUGGAGUAACCAAAACUUCUUGGAGGGCAAAUAUGGUAAAUUACUAUGUUGAUUAGCAUUUCAUACAUAAAAUUAUACUUAAUUUUGAUUUAAUUUUUAUGGUGGGAUGUUAUCAAAAUUCUUUUGUACAUAUCAGUUAUUUUAGGCAAAUUGUUACCUACCUUCCCAAAAAUCAUGUAAACAGUUAAGGGCAAACCCUGUGUAAUCUGGGAAGCUGUCUAAAGUCAACAUAAAAGUAAACCAUAUAGUAAUUGGAAACCUGUCUGAAUUGGUCCACAUGUAAACUGGAAAUGUGUAUAAAUUGUAUUCUAUAAAUUGAAAUCUGCUAAAACGCAUACAGAGGGUCUGAACAUUUUCCACGAAAUGUUUGCAAUAAGUGUUCCCUUGAAGUUGCCAUGUAUGUGUCCUAAAGAGAUAAUUAUUAUGCAGCAAGAAAACUUUUCACUAAUGAAUAAGAAGAAAAUUAAUUGAAAAGGAAAUAAAAUGUGUUGUAAUAUUUU